AAAACAGAGUAUCGGUUUGGUUACCACAUCAUCUGCAUCCAGACGUCACUUUUAAGAAAAUGUGGACUGCUAAAAAUCUUUAUAGUGCUCAAAUACUGUUGCUCCGGUUGAAAGAAGGCAGACUGCAUAGUUGCACCUUUCCCAAAACUCGUCACUUCUGGAUUGGGAUUCCAAACUGUUGCACUGUAAGACCAUCACAUAACAGAGUUAAAUUACAGGUUUCCAAGGUGAAUGAUAAACAAUCAGUAGUUGAUAGAAGAAUGGCUACUAGUGCAGAGGGAACUAAAAUACCUGUUGGAAAAAGUUCCGGUGGAGCACAUGAUGGAAGUCAUCAUUCAUUAGAAGCACAAAUGAAACAUAUCAACCUGUCCUUUUCAGCUUGUGGCUUUCUGGGAAUUUACCACUUGGGGGCAGCAGCUGCUUUUUACAGGCAUGGUAAGAAGUUACUAACAGGUGUGAAAGCUUUUGCGGGAGCUUCUGCGGGAUCUCUGACUGCAGCUGUCUUGUUAGCAGUGCCAGAAAAUAUAGAGCAAUGUAAGCACUUUGCCUAUGGAUUUGCAGAGGAAGUCAGAAAAUUGAACUUCGGUGCUGUAACGCCUGGUUAUGAUUUUAUGAAAACACUUAGGGAGGGCAUAGAGUCUAUUCUUCCUUCUAAUGUUCAUGAGAUAGCUGAGAACCGGCUCUAUGUGUCAGUCACUAACUCAAAAAGUGGAGAAAAUCACUUGGUUUCAAAUUUUUCCUCCAGGGAGGACCUCAUUAAGGUCCUGCUAGCAAGUAGCUUUAUACCAGUAUAUGCAGGAAUUAAGGCAGUGGAAUAUAAAGGAGAGAAGUGGGUUGAUGGUGGCCUUACCAAUGGCCUUCCUAUCUUGCCUGUUGGAAGAACUGUGACGAUUUCUCCUUUCAGUGGUCGAUUGGAUAUCUGUCCACAAGAUAAAGGACGUGUGGAUCUUUAUGUUAAACUAGCAAAACAAGAUAUGAUGCUGUCAGUGGCCAACCUAGUAAGACUUAAUCAAGCUUUGUUCCCACCAGACCAGGAGAAAAUGGAAUCAUUGUACCAAAAUGGCUUUGACGAUGCUGUACGCUUCUUAUUGAAAGAAAACUGGUUUGAAUAGAUGGCACAUAAAAAAGUAGCAAGACAUGAUGGCUGUCAAAACACAGCUACAGGCUGCCUGGAGAAUCUCAGGGAUUGCUGCCCCGGUUGCUGCUUGUGAAAAUAAAGAUCCUAAUGGAUUUGA